AUGGAGGUUGAUGACUCUACGCCGCCGGAUGCCGGAAAAACUUCGGGCCGGUCCUCGUUCCGUGAUAAACUAAUGGGUGGCGCCAAGGCAUAUGGCCCUAAGGAGGUGAGAGACUUAGUGGAUCAAGGGCGAAUGAAGAUUCAGUUGGUAAAUGGUAAUAGGUUGCUACCUAAAAUAGUAACAGAGGCCUCAGUUGUUGAGGAGAUGAGUGCACGAUGGAAAGAAGCUUUGGUGGUGAGUCUCUUGGGGAAAACACUGGGAUACCGCACCAUGAAACAAAAGUUGGGUACUCUAUGGAGGCUUGUUGGAGAUUUUGAUAUGAUUGAUGUAGGCAAUGGAUUUUACAUGGUAAAGUUUGAUAUUAAGGAAGACAAGGAUAAGGUAAUUAAUGGGGGCCCUUGGAUGGUCUUUGACCAUUAUUUAGCAGUCUCAACACGGAGUCCAAAAUUUAUCUCUCCAGCAGCAAAGGUGACGAAUGCUCUAGCAUGGAUCAGAAUUCCAGGGUUGAAUGUGGUUUUCUAUGAUGAAAGCUACCUGCUUUCGAUAGCACGAGCAAUUGGUAAGCCUAUUAAGGUGGAUUGGAAUAUGCUGAAAGCUGACAGGGGAAGAUUUGCGAGGAUAUGUGUGGAACUGGAUCUAACACUCCCGGUGGUGGGGAAGGUGUGUAUUGAGGAUUAUUGGUACAAUAUUGAAUACGAGGGUCUGCAUGUUAUAUGCACCAAAUGUGGGUUCUAUGGACAUCGGAGCAGAGAAUGUGUUGAGCCACCACCGGUGGAGACAGGAGCACAACAGCCUGUGUCAGCAUCAGAAGUUUCUGGCGGCGCAACACUGAACCCUAAUGCAGUGGCGGCGUAG